UUUGAAACUUUGAAAGUACAGUUUCACCACCGUGCCUGCAGCGCCGCGAGGUGUUCGAAAGAGCGGCCAUUGUGUGAAUUUGCGGGUGAGAGAGAGUUUUUUCGAGGGAGUCUGACCAAAACAGCUUCUAAUCUCAGUAAAUACUGCAAAUAAUGUCCCGCUAGUGUGCACAACCCCUCACUAGGGCUGCUGAGAAGAGAGAUUAAGCAAACAAUUGAACCUGCCUGGCCAUCCGAUGCGAGAGUGAGCCAGGUAACCUGUCGGCUGAAGAAUCUCGAUGUGGCGUUGAUUUUGAGCCUCAGCGCGAUUUCAUUACAACAUUGUAACCAUAAGCGGGAAAUUGGAGUCCUCCACGGUGUCGAGAGUGAUCACCCGCAGCGCAAAACGGAGGAUGUACCAGCAACAGAGCCUCAUAUCCUGUCCGCCUGACGCCAAUCGGAUCAUGACGGCCAACAACAAUGGCAUGAUGAACUACAUGAUCGGCACCUACCCGCCGGAGGUGGACGUGAAGCUGAAGAAGCUGGCGUUCUUCGACAUCCUCGCGACGCUCGUCAAUCCGAGCCUCCUGGCGCCCACGUCGUCGCAGCGUCUCCACGAGAACAGCCUGCACUUCACGCUCACGCCCGCCCAGGCCACCGAGAUCGCCACCAACCGGGACAUCCGGAACGCCUCGCGGGUGGAGCACACGGUGCAGGUGCAGCUGAGGUUCUGCCUCAUGGACACAACGACUGAACAGGACGACUACUUCCCGCCCAACAUCUCUGUCAAAGUGAACGGGAAGCAGUGCCAAUUGCCGAAUCCCAUCCCGACAAAUAAGCCUGGUGUUGAGCCAAAACGUCCACCGAGACCUGUAAAUAUCACUGGAAAUGUAAAGCUAGCGCCGCUCGUCACGAACACAAUCCAAAUCAGCUGGUGUACUGAAUUCAACCGCGGUCACGUCGCGUCAAUUUAUCUGGUGAGGAAGUUGUCAUCAGUUCAGCUUCUGCAGCGACUCAAGACGAAGGGAAUCAAGGCUGCCGACGUGACGAGGGCUUUGAUUAUUGACAAAUUGAAGGAGGACGCAGACUGUGAAAUUGCCACAACAAUGCUAAGGGUGUCGCUGACUUGUCCUCUGGGGAAGAUGAGAAUGACAACACCGUGUCGAGCGUCAACUUGUUCUCAUUUGCAGUGCUUCGAUGCGUGUCUCUAUCUGCAGAUGAACGAGCGGAAGCCCACGUGGAACUGUCCUGUGUGUGAUAAGCAAGCGGUGUACGAGAACCUGGUCAUUGAUGGGUAUUUCCAGGAAGUGAUCGCGUCGAAGGAUCUGGGCGCUGACAGUAAUGAGAUCCAGCUGCACAAUGACGGAUCUUGGAGUGCACAUGUUCUGAAAUCGGACACACAAGCGCUGGACACACCUAUUAAGACAUUGCAAAACGUUGAGAUUAUAUCAGACGACUUAGAAGUCAUAUCGACAAAAUGUGCAAAAUCCGAGAAUGCAACUGGCAACCAAGGAGCAGCAGAACCAUCUUCAACGACUGGUGAAACGGUGGACUUGACACUGAGUGAUUCCGAUGAGGAUUUACCGCUUAAACGAAAGCAAAACUCUGGCAAUCGUUAGCUCACUUCCCUCUUCCCAAAUUUUAAUUUAACCCGAGAGAGCUUCUUUUCUCUUUUCUGUUUCGUCACUUGUGAAAUAAAUUGGAGUAAAUAAAAUAAGAUUUAAUGAAACAUUCAAUGAUUUUCAUGUCUUAUUUCAUUUAAAUAUAAAAUAAAAAUAUCUCCUUUAGACAAAAAAAAAAA